GUCGAGCAAGCUGUCUCGAACUCUGAUGAGAGAACCUGGUGGACUCUUCUCUUCUCUGUCCGCACUCCGCAGCUCUCUCGUCUCCUUCGCCCCCACCACCUCCGACCAACCAACGGGAGGAAAAGAAAAAGCAGCCGGGCAGGGGGAGGAUUGGAGGUUUGGAGCUGGCACCUGGCGGCACAAAGCACAGCAAAGCAAAGCACCCGAUUCGAUUCCUAGCACCCCGGCUUUUUUCCAUCCAUCCUUCCAUGUCUUUCUUGCUCGAUCGACCUUGGUAGGCUCGAGCGCGGCAAUUGGUCGAACCAACCUUCUACCAUUGCGUCGGCAGCAGCCAGUCUCGCCGCGCCAGCGGCAGAAAGGCGCUUUCUUGGGCCAUGGCGUGCGCGGCGGCGCACAUGUUCGCCUACAACGCCACACUCUGCGCCUGCGACCCCGGGUACUACCUCCGCGCCAACAGCAGCGGCGGCAACAGCAGCUGCGCGCCGCUGCUGGGCGGCGGCGGGGACGGCGACGGGUUCGGCGACUGGCACGUGGGGUCCGUGGGCGCGACGCGGAACCAGAGCUUCUACUUCCUCACUCCCGUCCUCUCCCUCGACGUCGUCCGCCGCCUCACCCAGUCCCAGGCCGUCCUCCUCUGGGCCGCGCUCGCCGCGCUCGCCGCAUGGUUCGCCUUCUGCGCCGCCGCUAGGUUCGUCGGCCGGGACCCCGCCCGCCACAAGAAGCUCUUCGAUUCCCGGUUUUGGAUCAGCCGCCUCGACUGCAUCUUCGACAACAACCACUAUGCGGAAGACCAGCAAGUACUGAGGAAAAGAAAAACAGAGCUGGGUGGUACGUUCUCGGUGGCUACCUUGAUACUCUUCCUCGGAUUAGUCACCGUGCUGCUGUAUCAAGCCAUCAAAAGACGCAAUGUCGAAGUACAUCGAGUUAAACCAGCUAAUGCUCCGGAUUUGCUGGAUUUUGUGAAUGAUCUCGAGUUUCACAUAACCACUGUCUCAAGCAUGUCCUGCGCUCAAGCAGUCGCACCUUCUACAAUAGCAAUGGGAACUCCUGGGUUUAUGGACUUCAGGGUGCAGCCUCUGUCAACACUCUUGACCUACAGUUGCCAGAACACAAGCGAUGGACCAUCUAUUACACUCAAGUGCAAUGGUUGCCGAAUCCCUCCAAGAGACCAUUAUGUAUCGUGGCAAUUUGUUGACCUGCCAAGGCAACCAGCUGCCGCUGUUGGCUUCCAGUUUAACCUGACUGCAAAGCAGCAUGGAGAUAACAGUGACGUCAGCUUUGUGAGUGGUACAAUAAGCUCUAACAAUUUUGUUGAUGACAAGCUGAAGACUUUCAGAGGACGAGACUCCAAUGUGCUCAAGAUUCAAUUGUUUCCUCAAAUAUACAACAACCAUCAUGGCUUGAAGCUCUUGCAGCCACUUCUUCAGGACUUCACUCAAGGUUCUACCUUUUCAGAUGUGGGCAGCUUAAAUGCUUCCCUGCAGAAUCCUAGUGAUGGAGUGAUAAAUACUACACUCUACAUAAGUUAUCUUUCUGACUAUAUCGUGGAGAUCAGCAAUGAAAGCGUCUUAGGCCCAGUUAGUAUAAUUGCGAGUAUUGGUGGUCUGUAUGCCUUCAGUGUGGCAAUUUUCCUGUGCCUCAUGGCUCAAUGUGAAGGUAGGAUAAAGAAGCUCCGUAAUGAGGAUACCAGAAUGCUGAAAAUUCUGAGCAAACAACGUGCUCAGCGAAAUUGGAGCAAGGUGCGGAAGUUUGUCAUGUACACAUGGGGUCCUAGCAACUUGGAUCCAACUGAUAGAAGCGGCAAGUGGCCUGAAGCUUCAGUGAUGGAUUCCCUGCACGGUUCCUUCCACAAAAGAAGAAAGCCUAUUAGAAGAGGAACCUCCAGUGGAAGCAAACCCAAGAAGCCUGCUGAUAUGGCAAUUGAAAUCGAAAGAGUUGGAGAGAUGCAGCAGCCAAGCAGUUCUAGACAGCCGUGAUGGAUGAAGGUUCUGGAUGGAAUGGUUCAUUGUAAUGCAAUGCUUUAAGUCAUACACAGCUGUUUCAGCAUGGAUAGAUCCUAUCCCUUUGCAUAAACCUGAAUGAAACUUUUUGUGCUGCUGGAGCAUCAGUGAUCAUGAGCGAUGGUUCCAUCACGACCAUGCUCCCCGAGAGGGAUUGUCUAUAUCAGAAUGUAGUUAGCGACAAGUGGAAAUUGUACAGAGUGACGUUGCAGGGUUGUAGCAUCAGGGUUGAAGCGAGAGAUGGGGAAUUGCAUUGCCGUUUUUAAGUUGGAGCUGGCUGCUUCAGAGGUCAGGUCUGGUGUCUGUGUUCCACUUUGAUUUCCGAGAUGGGAUGCCUAUUCUUUUCUUGAGUUGUAUAGAUGGUGAUUGGGUGGCUACCAAUGUAUGUAUUUGAUUGGAGCACUUCCUUUCACCUCCCUUGGUGCCAAUUGCAAUUUGGAAAUGAGGAGACCAGGAAACACGGCUAUUAUUCUUUAUUAUGCAAUGGAUAAACAAGCGUUUUGUGAAUGUUGAUGGGUUCAGUGUGUUUCAGUUCCACAUUUCAAAACUUAAUGGCUCAGUUUGAAUGUGAGGGGGAAAAAUCAUGUUAUUCAUCUUUGUAAUUGUAAAGUUAAUUUUUUUAGAGAAACAUUUUUAAUACACA